AAAAAGAAGAAAAAAAAAAGAAUGAAUACUGCCUAAUAUUUUGUUCAACAAUUUAAGAUGAACCCCUCAAAUGGUAUGGCAAAAAUAAAGGAUUACUUUUAAGCAGGUUUCCCAAACCUUCCCACCACCCUGGCACCAAUCUACUAUUGGUUUGGACACACUUGUUAUAGGAAGUCUCACCCAAAGUCACAACUAUUAGUUGAGCAAGAAUUUUACAUUUUGGAUAUUUGAUCAAAAUUACAGUAAAAGUGAUAAUUUUUGUCAUUAUUUUUGUCAACAUUUUUUUACAGACAAAAAUGAGACGAUAACUAAAUAAAAACCAGUUUUGAAUGACAAAAACUAUGAUGAAAAUCUAUUUUCUUCAACUAAUAAAAAUUUGAUUUUUUGAAUUGCAACGUCCUGAUGUAUAUGGCAGAGCAUAAGUUGGCAUACAAUUGCGUCUCAAAAAACAUUCAAAAAUGUAAACGAGAUACAUAUGGAUAGAUCAGAAAAAGCAUGAAAACACAUAAGAGAGCUCUAUUCGGUAUGGUUUUCUGUGCGCACACCUGAAGCUCGCAGCCACGUACACAGAAAGCUACUCACAACAUUAAGUCAAAAUGUCUGUUUUGGAGAGUAUUCACAUAAACACAGUCGGUUAUGUCUUAAAAAAAAAAAGUAAACAGUUGUUAGAAUAUCGGAUAUGCAUCAGUGUACUGGAUCCCAGCAUUGAGCCAUAAAGUGACAGCAGCCUAAUAAACCUGCUGCUGUCUGUGCCCUUAAUAUUAAUCAAACGACAAAAGAAAAAGAGGAAAGCAUUCACUGCUAAUUAAAUUAAUAAGGAUUAAUUAUAUUUAAUUUAUACAAAUAAAUAUGUCUGCUUGAAAGCAUAAAGAAUAAUGUAUGCAAGUUGUUAUAAAGAAUGCAUUUUUCAUUCAAUGAAAAGAAGACUAGAGUUGGUAUUGAAAUUUUAAAAAUGUGACGCUUUGAGCGCUGUUGAGUGGAUACGUAAACACCUCUGGUCUGCAAUAGAUGCCCGCUUUCAAACGUUCCUGUGUGUUUCUGUGCAAGCACUCAGUGAAGAGCGUCAUUGAUGACUAUUUACAAUGUUUUUGAAGCGUUGAUCAUUGAAGCCAAUCACAGUGGCCACAAUGGCCAAACAGAGCCGUUUACGAAUCCGCUCAAUAGUCCUCAAAGCGUCACAUUUUUAAAAUUUCAGUACCAACUAGGUACUGAAGUCGGUCCAUUUGACGACUCUGAAGAAGACCAUAUAUUCUUCUUUAGGAUAAGUAGUUUUAUUUAAUUUUAAGAUAAAUAAAAACAUGUUAUAUGUCAGAGCAGUUAAAUGUGUCUGUAUUGCAUGUUUAAACUUUAAUAUUCAUAUUAAAAGGGUAAUGGAUGUUUUCUUCUGGAGUAUAUAAUGGGUUUGGACACUUUAGAUAAAUUCUUAAAAUGAUGCAUCACAAUUUAACUAAACCCACUCAAUUUUAGUCAACUAAAUCUACUGUAAGACUAAAACUAAAACAAUUCAGAUGACUAAAAUAUGACUAAAACUAAAUGGCAUUUUAGUAAUAAGACUAUGAAUAGAAUGAAAUCAAAAUUCAAAAACAGAUUAUUACUGUUUUUACUGUAUUUUUGAGAAUGAGACCUCUUUAAAACAAUUAAAAAAUCUUUAAAAAAAACGUAUGACCAGUAAGUGUAGUUGUCUCUCCACAUUCAACUAGGAUAUAAAGCAUAAACUGAAAAAAAUCUCACUGUAACCCAACUUUCUCUAAAAUAUAAAUAUCCCAUUAAAAGCUCUAGUAUGUAUCUCAAUCACUGAUCAUAAGUGCUCAACAUGUCUAUAAACCGACUGCAAUUGUGAAAUUAUUACGUUUUAAUACAUCUAUUUGACUAAAUUCCAUCUAGGUAAGGUACUGCAAAGAUAGCUUGUGCAAUACCACCAAAAAAAAAAAAAAAAAAAACCUGUAAUCCAAAAACUGUAUGAAAUGACACAUGUAACAGGAUAUAACUGAUAUAACUGGAAAGAAGGCUUAAGCUCUAGGUAAAGGCACUGAAGCCUUAAUUAAUGAUUAUGGCUUAAACCGAAUUAGGGUCAUGCUUCUCGCCAAUUAUACUAAAAAAACAGUAGGGUACGAAACGGCUCAUAAAGUCGGCAACAGAGGAUAUUGAAUCUCAUGCGCCGUGUUUGCAGAGCAGUGCAGCUCCAGCCUCCCCAUGCGCCCUGUGUCCACAGAAACGUGCUCUUUAAAUGUUAGAUGCUUUAUUUACCUCGCUACAUGUGAUUGUAGCCGUUCACAUAGUUUUGCCUCUCAAGGCAACAUGUUUGCCAUUUUCGAACCGGCUGAGGCAGGUGCUGAUAGUAAAGACGGAGGGGGGUUUGACUACACUCCCCAAAGAGAUCAUUGCUUGGUGAAGUGCGCUAGAUCUUCUACUCCUAAAGAUCAGCAUGAGGUACACUCCUCCCAUACAGCAACACCUUCCCUGGUGGUUUGGCACUGAAAACGUGACCUCCUCUUUCCACAGCUUUCAUUGUGAUCUCUGUCAUCGAAUGAGUGUUUGUAUUUUCACUGUAAAUGUCUGCAUUUGAACACCCAUGUAAACAUGCAGUGGACUUCGGUGGUUUAUGCAGUGUUGAUGAUUGGUUCCAGUACCUGUUCCAUUUUGGGGAACUUGGUACUACUGUUGGUGGUGUUACUCAACCAGAACUUGCAAACGGACACCUGGAUUCUCACACUGAGCUUCUGCCUAUGUGAUCUGGCGUUGGGCGUCUCCACCAUUCCUUUUGGUAUCCAUAACAGUCUUUUCCAAGUGAAGAGCUACCCCAGCAAGAGCGCCACCUGCAAGGGCAGCGCCUUUCUGUUUUUGUUGCUCCAGCUCGCCUCCAUCCAUUCCCUCACCUGGGCCACUGUCGACAAGUUCACAGAGAUCUGCUUCGCCCUCAGCUACCCGGUGAUCUUUACAGCGCACAGGGCCAAAAUCAUCCUCGCGAUGGUGUGGGUCUACAGCAUCCUCAACGCAGCUCUGCCACUCUUCGGUUUUGGCAGUUACGUCUACAGCGAGACAAAGUUCCUCUGCGUUCCCAGCUUCAAACCAUCCUGCAUUGCCUUCAACAUGCUCUUCAUGGUGUUGGGAAUAAUCAUACCUAUUGUACUGAUGUGCUCCAUGUAUGGAUAUAUAGUGUAUAUAGCCAGGAACCAGGUGCGACGAGGGACGUUUGUUUGCAACGAAGACCAUUGUUUCUACGUGCCAGCCUAUAAUUACUUCAAAAGCUCCAUAGUAAUGGUGACAACCAUCGUGUGCCUACUUGUUUGCUGGCUGCCAUACAUCGUUAUCUGCUUCUAUGAGACACUGACGGGAAAAGAGAGCCCGCAGCCUGCCUCGGCUGUUGCCACAUGGCUUGUCCUCUUCACUUCAGCCCUCAACCCAUGGAUCAACUCCAUGACUCAAACGAGGUACAGAGCUGCGUUGCGCAAAAGCCUGAAUAAAAUCCGACAGAUGUUUGAGUAUCCUUGUAAAAACUCCCUCUCCCAGUGCACAACCAUACAGCCACGCCGCGAGAGCAACAGCUUCUCUUCGCCAGCUCCCAGUGUACCUCCGGCACUACAAACAAACAACCAACCCCAACAGGACCUCACGCUGGUUUGAGCAUGGCCCUUACUGACCUUUGCUGGACUGAAUAGUGUAGAAAUAAUCAUGACUUAAGGAAGCAUCUACAGCAACGUUUCACCUCAGCAAAAGAGGACACUGGGUUGGCGGAGCCAACCAGAAGCAAUUUCACUGCUUAUGAUGUAAACAGACUUCAUACAGACAGAAGAAACCACAAAACCAAGAAAACGAUAUUCUACAAGGCAUAAUCAAAUAUUGUUUUCUUUUAUGACUUUAGCAGAAACAAUGAUUCAUUUUUUUUUCUAAAGGAAUGCUCAAAGGACAAUGCAAUGUGAUUGUGAAAAAAGCUCUCUCUAAAACUGCCAAUCAUAUUUCAAUUGUUUUCAGAAACUUGAAAACUGCAUUAAUGAUUGUCUUCAAUAGCAACUUGUAUAAUUUUGAUUGCACAGUCUGAUCUGAUGUAUAUAAUUGGUUAUGCAAAUAUAGUUUUCUUAACAUAAAAGCUCACACCAACCUCAAAACUGUAAACUCACUGGAAAGCAUUACAGGGUUAGUUCACCCAAAAAUGAAAAUAAUGUCAUUUAUUGUGACCCUCAUGCCGUUUCACACCCGUAAGACCUUUGUUAAUCUUCACAAUGCAAAUUAAGA